UUUCAAAGUGUGCGGCUCCGGUGCGGUGUGUGUGAAGGCGAAGAGUGAGUUUGUGUUUUUCUUCAAGCAUAUUUGUGUGUAACGAGCAGCAUUUUUAAUCGCGAAUUUGCAAUAAAAAUUCCCUUCAACAUUUUAAUUAUAUUUUUAAUUUUAAUACCAAAUUAAAUAACAAUUUUAUUCCAAUAAUUUGUAACAUUUGGUAUGAAAAAGCUUAAACUACUGUAGUGGAGCAGAAAUACAACAAAAAGUGAAAAAAAGGAAUCGUUCCCCUCGUUUCGAAUGUUCUUCCUCCUGGCGGCUGGUUGGUGAAUCUUAAUUUUAUCGCGAAAAAAUCGACAACUGAAUAGAAACUUAUAGCAGCACAACUAAAAAAAUAAAACCUUUGAAAAGAAGUAUUGAUCUUGUGCUUGAUUCCAAUAACUAGUAGUUGUGGUUUGUGGAAUUAAAGAAAGAAAGAAAGAAAGAAAAAGAAAAGAUUAGUUUGGCCAGAGACGCUUGAGAUUUGUUUUUGAAACAAAAGAAACACCUAACUUCGAAAGAUUUAAAUUAAAAAGGAAAAGGCCACUGCUUCGGGCUUUUGCUCCAUCUCCAUAGCUGCCGUAGCCGUCUUCACCGCUGCCAGGAGAGGAGAGUGAUUUUAUUUUUUUUUGCUUUGUUUUCUGCCCGUCCCGUCCAUAGUCAGCGCGUCUCUGCCUGCUGCCACUGCUGGCGUAGCCAGUGUCACAUUUCCGCUGCCACCCCCCCGGUUUGCUGAAUGAUUGUUUUAUGAGGUGGAGACUGGAGAGGAAAAGAGGCGACUCGACUGUCGACUGACUGUGCGAACUGUUAAUUUGACAUGGCCGGUAAUGGCGAAGCAUCUUGGUGCUUCUCACAAAUCAAGGGAGCCUUAGAUGAUGAUGUUACAGAUGCUGACAUCAUCUCCUGUGUUGAAUUCAACCACGAUGGCGAGCUGCUCGCCACUGGCGACAAGGGAGGUCGCGUUGUUAUAUUUCAGAGGGAUCCGACAUCGAAAUCAUCAUUACCCCGUCGCGGUGAAUAUAAUGUCUAUUCAACUUUUCAAUCGCAUGAACCCGAAUUCGAUUACCUGAAAUCGCUAGAAAUCGAAGAAAAAAUUAAUAAGAUUCGAUGGCUUCGAAGAAAAAAUCCUGCACAUUUCCUGCUGUCAACAAAUGAUAAGACCGUCAAACUUUGGAAGGUAUCUGAGCGUGAUAAAUCUUUUGAGGGUUACAAUACAAAAGAAGAGAAUGGUCUUAUUAAAGAUCCAACGUGUAUAACAGCCUUACGAGUUCCUUCAGUUAAGCAUAUUCCUCUGAUGGUAGAGGCGUCUCCACGACGCAUCUUCGCCAAUGCACACACCUAUCACAUUAAUUCGAUAUCUGUUAAUUCUGACCAAGAGACGUAUCUCUCAGCCGAUGAUUUGAGAAUCAAUCUUUGGAAUUUAGAGAUAACCGAUCAGAGUUUCAAUAUUGUGGAUAUUAAGCCAACCAAUAUGGAGGAAUUAACAGAAGUUAUAACAGCUGCCGAAUUUCAUCCAACCGAAUGCAAUGUAUUCGUGUACUCAAGUAGUAAGGGCACAAUUCGUCUUUGUGAUAUGCGAUCAUCGGCGUUAUGCGAUAGGCAUAGCAAACAAUUUGAGGAACCGGAAAAUCCUACCAAUCGAAGCUUCUUCAGUGAGAUAAUAAGUUCGAUUAGUGACGUUAAGUUAAGUAAUUCCGGAAGAUAUAUGAUCUCAAGAGAUUAUUUAAGCAUUAAAGUUUGGGAUUUGCAUAUGGAAACAAAACCGAUUGAAACAUACCCGGUUCAUGAAUAUCUUAGAGCAAAAUUAUGCUCCCUCUAUGAAAAUGAUUGCAUUUUUGAUAAAUUCGAGUGCUGCUGGAACGGUAACGACACGUCGAUUAUGACUGGAAGUUACAAUAAUUUUUUCCGUGUAUUCGACCGCACCACUAAAAAAGAUGUUACACUAGAAGCAUCUAGGGAUAUAAUAAAACCAAAAACCGUGUUAAAACCCCGUAAAGUUUGCACUGGUGGUAAACGAAAAAAGGACGAGAUCAGCGUAGAUUGCUUGGAUUUUAACAAGAAAAUACUACAUACAGCAUGGCAUCCACUAGAAAAUAUAAUAGCUGUUGCAGCAACCAAUAAUUUGUUCAUAUUUCAGGAUAAAUUUUAGCUAACACUUUUGUUAUUGAUGUUUAAUUAUAAUUAUUAUUUUUUAUUAUUAUUGCUAUUACAAUUACAAUAAUUAUCAUUAAUUUAAUUUUUUUCAUUGCUUACAAAUAAUGCAACAAAAAAAAAAACAAAAACAAUCACAACAACAAACAAAAUGCUGCAACAAAAUCAAUUCCUUUUUUUAUUGUAAUCAAACAAAAUAUAAACAAACGAAAGUAAAUUCAAUUAUUUAAGUCAGGAGAAGAAAAUUAAACUAAAAAUAAAAUAAAUUACAAACAAAAAACAAAAACGAAGAGAAUAAUUAUGUUCCACAAAAAAUGUGUGUCUUCUCAAGUGUCUCCAAUAUAUGUGUUGUUGAAUUGAAAUAGAAGAACAAAAAUAAUUCCAAUAUUUAUACAAAAUAAAAUCCACACAAAGCACAGCUCUGGUGGAUUUCUUAAAUAAUGAUAAUGACAGUGGCCUGCUUUUUUCAUUGGAAUAAACGUGGAGAAGAAAUGUUGAUAAAAACAAAUUAA